CCAGCAAUCACUCCAUCGUGCCAACCGCAACGCCAUGUCGAAACGACUCCCAGACACGAGGCGCGAUUCUAUGAACAGCCAGUUCAGCGGCAACAGCUCCCAGGGCAGUCCGCAGACACCGUCCUCCGUGCAGCCCCAUCAGUAUCGGCCGGUGAUGGUGCCGGCGACGGUGCCGACUCCCUUCAUGGAAGGAAACCAACGCAGGUACACCCAGCAGGAGAUCCACGAGCUGAUGCAGCGUCAAGCUAUUAUGAACAAUCAAGCGCAACUGAAUGCGAGCCAGGUGCAUGGCCUUCAUCGCAUUCAAGCACAACGUGGGCCUGCAGGACAGAAUGGAUACAUGCCCUGUGCGUCGCCUAUGAACCCUCAGGCACCUGCCCGCCAGCUGGAUUGCCAAAAUGGUCAGCAGGCUGGCUACCGUGCCCAGUCUUCUGCGCCCAUGUCACCUAUGUCGCCUAGCACUUCUAACUUUCUCGCUUCCAACCAUCCUUAUUAUCAAUAUAUGCGAUCAUUCCAAGAAAAUGCCUACAGAGGUCAGAACGAACAUUGGCCGGUCAACUCCCCUCCUCCGUUUCAUGGCUCCGAUGGCUAUGAACUCAGCGAGAGAGACAUGCUGGCCAUGUCUCGUGCGAGCGCCAUGAGAUCUCACCCGAACAUGGGUCGCGGAAUGGCUGUGACCCAGCCAAGUCAGUCGAUGCGCUUAGACCCGCGACUAUAUAGCUCCUCAGUUACCGGUACAGUGCCUUCACAGCUGUCGCCCCGGGCCAUGGGACAAACUCCUACGCCUCGUCUGCCUACACCCACCACUCUCCCUUCAUCGGGUCUUGUUCUACCCCAGUAUGCAGGAGCCAAGCGCCCAAGUCCAAGUGGACAGGAUGCCUAUCAAGAAGGUCCAACGCCGAAGAGGGGCAUGUUUCCGACAACACCACUCUCGCGCCCCAAUAGUGCUCAAGGCAUGGUCGCACAACUACAUCACAAGAAACUAUCACAGUUUGUGAACGGAAAAGAUGGAAGAUUGAACAAGGAAGCUGUUAGGCGUGGUUUACCAAACCUCGAUACGUCGAAGCAGGAGCCCAACCAAAUGAAGAGUCCGGAUGAGCUUCACCGUAUAGCACAAGCGACGGGAGCACUUACACCGGGACACGCGACUCAGAUGAUGGGGGUUAAGAAUAAGGCGAUUGCGCAAGAGAAGCAGACUCUUAUGACACCCCGCCGAAGUGGUGCUACAGUACCAACGGGCACACCAUCUAGGCCAGCGCCUACGCCGAGCCCAGUGCGGAAGCCAAACGUCAUCGACCUUACAGGAGGGCAUAACCAACAGCGCCAGCCACGUCCGCAACCCCUGCCUUCCAAGUUCACCGAAGCUGUCAAUCCCGCCGCCGCCGCCACUCCUCGCCCUACAACCAAACGCACCAUCCCCGGUGUAAACGACCUCCGCAGCCGCGCCCUGAUAUACGGCGUACACAUGUCUGACGUCGAGCACGGAAACGCCAUCGAAGCCACGAUACAAAGCCGACAUGCGCACCAAGCAGAAAUCGCAGCCGCACGCUCCCUACUCGACCCUUCGCCCGCCAACAAGCAGCGCCUCCGCCGCGCAAACGCAAAAGUAGACUCAGCUUCCAACACCCAGUACGCUAGUGCGACCAACAACACAAUGGACGCCGCGCACGCCGCCGCCUUGAGUCUCCCCACGCCUUUCAACAUGCAAGACACCUUGAAGAAGGUCCGGCACCCUGACUAUUCGUUUGCGUACUCUGGCAACUCAGGGGGCGAGUUGGCACCUGCGUCGAAGGAGGCGCUAGAUAUGUGCGCGCGCGAUGUUGAGGGGCAUUUGCGUGCGCCGGAGGAGAAGGAGACAAGUGAGGAGUUGGCGCGUGUGCGGUUUGACUUGUUCACACUGGCUGCUGAGAGGGGGUGUAUGGGAGCUAAGGCGAUUAGGGAGGAGAGCUCAAUCGGUGGGGUAAUCUGAGAGGUAGGGAGGGGAGAGUUGGCGCUAGGGUAUUGAUGCGGAAUUUUCAGAGUUUGAAAGCAAGGACGGGGCUUCAGGAUAUCAGCCUCCUCUUUGGGCGUUUGGAGGUAUACUUUUCGUUUGUUUGGCGUGUGGAGUAUCUAUACCCCGUCCUCGUCACCGGCAGUUCAUCAGGGGUGAGUUGAGCUAUGAUUCAUCUUUGUCAUUUUACGAUAUCCCCUGUUCGUAGCUAUCUUAUCUGGGAGGUGAGCUGGCAGCUGCGUAGUUUAGUCUCGUCUAGCG